GUCUGGUGACGUCACUCCGUAGCAACGCGGCGGCGGUUGCUAAGGGAGGCCAUGGACGCCCCCGGCCCGCCGUGGCUGCCGUCGGCGGGAGCCUACGCGGAGGAGCGGGGGCUGUGGCGGCUCCUGCAGAACAUGGUUGAAGAACUCUUGAUUCAUAAGCCAGAUGAUCCCAUUCAGUUUAUGAUAGACCAUUUAAAGCAAAAUAACGAUGACGCUCCAAGAAUUUGUAUACUCGGCCCACCUGCUUCUGGGAAAACUACAAUUGCAAUGCGGCUUUGUAAACAUUUGGAUGCCAUACGUAUCUCUCAGGAGACUUUGUUAUUCGAGGAAACAUUAGCGCUGACAAAGGAAGCAAAGGCAUAUAAAGAAAGAAAACAGCAAAUUCCCAACGUGCUUUGGGCCAAUCUGAUCCAGGAACGUCUGUCAAACGUGGACUGCAUCAAACAAGGUUGGAUUUUGGAAGGCUUCCCUGAAAAUCAGGAACAGGCGUGGAUGCUGCAAUCAUCUGGCAUCAUUCCUAGGCAUGUUGUUGUGCUCUAUGCUGCAGACACUGUGCUGAUUGAGCGGAACAGUGGGAAGAGGCUUGAUCCCUUCACAGAAGAGGUGUACCAUACGACCUUUGACUGGCCAAGUGAUCCAGUGAUACAACAACGUUUGGUGAAACCGGAAGAUCUUUCUGAGCAGGAGAUGUCAAAGAAACUGCUGGAAUAUCACAGAAACUUCCCUGGGGUGUUCCAGAUCUAUCAAAAAGUUUUGAAAUCAGUCAAUGCAGAUCAGCCUUGCGUGGAUGUCAUAUCACAAGCUCUUACCUAUGUGCAAACACGGCACCGAUCAGCCGCCCCCUUUACACCACGUAUUCUCUUUUGUGGACCCCCAGGCAGUGGGAAGAGCCUGCAGGCAGCACUAAUAGCUCAGAAAUACGGUGUUGUCAACAUUUGCUGUGGGCUACUGCUAAAGGAAGCUGUUGCAGACAAGACAAAACUUGGAGAACUUGUUAAGCCUUAUAUUGACAAUGGAUACCCAGUCCCAGACAACAUUGUUAUGAAGAUCCUGGCAGAUCGCCUAAAUGCACUAGACUGCAUGACCAACGGUUGGGUGCUUCGUGGCUUCCCAAGAGACAUAGAGCAGGGAGAAGAGCUGCAAAAAGCGCACAUUAUUCCAAACAGGAAACUGAGAGGAAGGGUGUCCUGUGUUCAGUACCUUGGGAACUUGCACAUUUCCAUCUUGUGAGGGGAGAGUAUGUUGAUCUGAGAAGUGCCUGAAAGAAGAACCAGGCUUUUAAAACCCUAAUUCACAAUGACAACUUCAUGGGUCUGAUCUCUAAAGUCAACAAAGACAGUUCAGGGCAUUCACCUUAGACAACUUUUGUUCAAAGAAUGAAAUAGUCAUGGGAAAUCAAAGUGUUAUCAUUUAAAUACCAGUCAGAUCAUCUAACCUAUGCUUUUCCCCUCUGAAUUCUCUUUGCUUUGGUGACCAAAACCUGUGAAUAAAAAUCCUAACAGCAUCCCUGAGAGCUUACCAAACUCACAGACCCAUUGUCAACUCUAAAUAUUUCUUCAUGGACUCAAGCAGUCAUUUUUCAAAAAUUUACCUUAAUUUCAUCAGUAGUUUACAUACAAAAAGAACCAUAUACAUGCGAGUCUUAUUUUUUGAGAGUUAGGAGCUUUUUGUAAGGGAAAUACUCAUUUCAAGAACAGACUGGAACCAGAAAAACUUGAAAAAUAAAACUGGGGGAGGAAAACUUUAAUUAUAAUGGUGUGGCAGCAUUUUAAUAUAAACUGGGUAAAAGAACACAUUGAUAAAACUAAUGAGUGUUUUGAAUGUUUGAGAACAGUGGAUAGAGACACUAUCUGAGAAAGAACAAUAGGAAAAGGAGGGUUGGCCAGUGCUGUCAAGCAUCUCAGGUUGUUGAUCACUUGCCAUUUACUUCAGUGGUGUGAUAGCAAAAGUUGGCUGAAUAUUCUGAGUAAACGUAGAAAGGUCACUGUUACAUCUGUGCAUGUUAAAGUUUAGUUUAUGAAAGUCCAUUACUGCAUUUUCUGUCUGAUUUUUCACCAGGGCAGUUACUUUUAAAUACGUUAGAAAUGUACCUUACCUUUGAACUCUAUGAUUACUAAAAUUCAGGAUUUUUUAAUUAAAAAC